AUGGCGGUCUCCACAGGAGUUAAAGUUCCUCGUAAUUUUUACUUGUUGGAAGAAGGACAAAAAGGAGUAGGCGAUGGUACGGUUAGCUGGGGCCUUGGAGAUGAUGAAGAUAUGACACUUACAAGGUGGACAGGCAUGAUUAUUGGGCCACCAAGGGUGGAUGCACGGAACAUACCAGUGUUAGCAAAAUGGCAAAAUUCAUACAGCAUUAAAGUUGUACUUCAGGAGCUAAGAUGUCUAGUGAUGUCCAAAGAAAAUAUGAAGCUUCCACAGCCUCCAGAAGGACAAACAUACAACAAUUAA